GUACGCCGGGCAGAAUCUUCCAGUUAUCCGUUAACGUUCGACCCAAACACACGAUCUGUUAGUAGUCUAGUCAUAAUUUUGUAAGUUAAGCUAAUAACUAUGGAUUUUUACGAAGACCUAGUAUACUCAAAGCUGUUCUGGGCAACGACAGUAUUAUUCGGUGUCUACCUGUAUCUCAAGUACAUAAUGUACAAUUGCUGGUCUCGAAAUGGAGUACCCCACGACAGCCCCAGUAUCCCACUGGGGAAUGUGCCGUUUUCGUAUUUCACCGAAAACGUGCCACAUGGUGAAAUCAUAAAGAGCAGCUACGAAAAGUACAAAAACCACCGCUACCACGGCCUGUACAUACUAAACGAGCCGAUUCUAGUGGUUAACGAUCCGGAGCUCAUCCGCCUGAUACUAGUUAAGAACUUCACCAACUUCUGCAAUCGCGGCACCUACUACAACGAGUCAACCGAUCCACUGUCCUGUGCACUUCCUCGUCUCGUCGAUGACAAGUGGAAGCGUCUAAGGGCCAAACUUUCGCCGACCUUCACCUCCGGCUCGCUCAAAAAGAUGUACCCGAUGUUCAAGGAAAUAUGCGACAAACUCGUCAAGACCUUCGAUACUGCGCUGGACGAGUCCGACGUCCUGGAGAUGAAGGACAUCGCCUCGAGGUUCACAAUGGACUGCAUCUCGUCGAUAGUCUUGGGCUUCAACGUCAACAGUCUGCAGAACCCCGAGCACGAGUUCCGCAAGUACGGCAAGAUCGUCAACGACUUCGGCAAGGUCUUCGUGCUCCUGAGCUUCUACGUGCCCGAUAUGAUCGACUUCUACUCUUUCAUCCCGAAGAAACGAAAGAAGGUCCACGCUUUCUUCGUCUAUCUGUUCCAGAAGACGGUCGCGUACAGGAGAGCCAAGAAGAUCGUCAGGAACGACUUUCUCAACAUGCUCAUGCAGCUGAUGGACAGAGGCUACGUUGAGAACGAAUUCGAAGCGUCGUCGACCAAUGUGUCGGAUGACGACAGGCUAUCCAUGACCGAAGCCGUAGCGCAAUCGGUAAUCUUCUUCGCUGCCGGUCAGGAGACCACGUCCUCGGCCCUCUGCUGCUGCCUCUACGAGCUGGCUCUGCACCAGGACGUCCAGAAAAAGCUUCAGUGGGAGAUCGACCAAGCUUUCGCAAGCCCCGAGGGACUGACUUACGAGAAGAUCUUCGAAAUGCCCUACCUCGACAUGGUUCUCUGCGAAACUCUGCGAAAGCAUCCAGGCGCUCCGGUGUUGAACCGCAUCAGCCUCGCGGACUUGAACGUUCCAGACUCGAAAUUUCGAAUUCCAAAAGGUAUGCGGCUGGUGAUCCCGGUAAACGGAAUACACUCCGACCCGAACGUCUAUCCGGAUCCGGACAGAUUCGAUCCGAGUAGAUUCACGCCGGAGAACAGGGCCAAGAGGCAUCCGUUAGUUUAUCUGCCGUUUGGAGAAGGGCCGAGGCACUGCAUCGGAAAGCGUCUGGGAGUUCUGAAGCCGAAGAUAGCGCUUUGCUACUUGCUGAAAAACUACAGCUUCUUCUCCUGCGAUAAGACGCAGCCGAGGCUUUCGUACAUGAGCAACUCGUUUGUGCAAGUUCCGGCGGGCGGAGUGUACUUGCGAGUCGAGAGGAGGCGUCAGGAAAGAACCGAAGCUUCCCCAUAGCAGAAUGAAGCUCAUAAACGAGAUAAUUAUAGCGACGGCGCGCGUGCAGCGAUCCGGAAAAGCGCGUUUAAACGCCCGUUUAUUUUUAUACACGCCUCCGACAAUAGCAGCCUCCCUCAAAUCCACACCUCAGCUAUGGUGCGAUUAUAUUUCAGUCACCUCGUCGUCGCUUGCUGCAUCCGUUUGAAGAAAAAAAGUCAGCCCGAAAAAGCUCCGGGGCAAUGGUCCCGACUCCACAAACAUCCGGCGGGCAAAAAGUCCACGAGUACAUUGUAAAAAGAUUGAGAGAGGGACGCGUGCAGGAGAGUUAGGUGCGAUCCCGAAAUAGUCGGGCCGGCGCGUCGCGGCGUUUAUAGUGUAUGGAGCUAUGCGGGGGGUGAUGCACGCGACAGACGACGCUGGAAUUCGCCUCGGAGGGUUUUUCGGAGUCAGUCGGUCGGUGCUGAGGGAGGAGAGAACAGCCUGCUCGGAGAGAUUGCUGCCGCGUGCGCUUUAUAAGUUUUGCGAUAGGAGGGAUUGAAGUUUGCUGUAAGUUUGUUGAAUUUUUCGCUGAUUGUCGGGGGUCAGAGACGAAGUUGGCUCUGCCGACGACAAUUUUUUCUGCAUUUAUUAAAUUGAUCAAUUUUUUAUUAAAAA